AAUUAUGAAGAGCUUUUUCACCGGCAUGUUCCUACUCACAAGUCUGUACCUUUUCCUCACAUAUCAGUUUGGAUUCACCUCAGCAACAACGGGAGGUCCUACAAAUCAAGAAGUACAUAGACCGAGGGCGAGAAUUCUUGGUAGAUUUGCACGUCCUAUAACUCAGUAUGCCCGACUAAAGCCAGAACCUUAUUUAAACGACUUCAUAGAUGACGACGACCUGAUUGAAUUUUCAAAACGACAAACUUCGGAUGAUUACGGCCACCUACGAUUUGGGAAAAGAGGAGAAGAAAGUUUCGAUGAUUAUGGGCAUAUGAGAUUCGGCAGGAGUGGAACAGAUCAGUAAAAUGGAAACGGA